UAAUCAGAGGGUCAAUUCCUAUGGAUGACGAAAUUCUCUCUCCACCAUGGGUGAACGUGUGGUUCUUCCCUUUCUUCCUUCUUUCACCGGUGAACUUUUUCUAGGAUGAUUUAAAUGUCUGCACGAGAUGCCCAGGCAUCAACUGUUUCUGCAAGCUGCAAUAAUUCAUUCCAACUACUUCACAACGGCCUACUCUUAAAGUCGUAACAGAAGAAUCUUACCUCCACUCUCACCCUCCCCCUUCCUGAAAAGCUACUUAAGCUAGCUACCUUCAACUUUGUUGUCAAUGGCCGACAAGACUAAAACCCGUGGAAAUCUAGACUUCAGUGCACCAUUGUUGUCGACGAAGCGUGCUCCUCUGGUCGAUCCACACUUAUCAUCAGAGGAUUCCAAUGCGAAUCCCCCCUGCGGAGUGGUUCGUGAUAUUAGUAAAAGGGUCCCAUUCUCAUGGGAAAGAGCUCCUGGCAUGCCAAAAGACAUUGUAGUAGACGACCUUCCUCCUCCUCCCAAGCUUCCACCUGCUCGAUGGCGGCGUCCUCCUUCCAAAGAAGCGGCUACCCACAGUAGCGACGCCGACAACGGUGGCGGCAACAGUGAUGAUGACCUUGAGGACGACGACGAAGACAACGAUGACAUUUAUUUCUCAGAUGCAAUGGAUAAAUUCUUAUCAGAAUCAUUGCUUCUUGGAGAUGAUAACAUGAGAAAGUUUGAUCAUUUAGAGAUCAUUGAAGCUACAGGUGACCGAUCACCGGGCUAUAUUAUACGCCGCGUCCUCCCUGCAACUACCAAUGCAGUUCCUUCUUCUAAUUGCUCUUCUUCUUCAUCUUCCUCAAUUCUUCCGGUAACUUCUUCUUCUUCUUCUUCUUGUUGGAGGAACACUAACAGGAGGAGGGUUCGUUGUCCUAAGGGAUUGAACGAUAACCAAUGUGCUCAUAGAUCAAUUGCAGAGUCUUACUCCACACCAAAGGCUUGUGGGCUCGCGUUGUUCUUUCCUUGGCGAACGAAGCCUAUGCUAUGCGGAGUGAAGAGUCCAACCCGGCAGGGAUCUCGGGAGUCUCAGACUAGUGCCGGAUGCUUUAACUGAGAGGAAUUAAUGGUGGCUUUCUCUUGGGAUAGAGAAGAAAAUCAAGGCAUGGGAGGGAUUAUAUUAAAAUAAACUUUUCUGGGAGGGAUUCUAGCUUAAUUAGCACAGUCUUUUUUUAAAUAUUGGCUAUAAACAAGAAAUUUUAUUAGUGUGAGAGACUGUACUAAGCUUUAUUAUCCUUUUUUGGUU